UUGAAAUUACUUUUCAAAGGACCAGAUUCACCAUUUGCGCAGAUAUUACGUCCAGGUUCACAACGUAGAGGCUAUUAUAAAUUGACGCAGCUUUAGGCAGAGACAGACAGAGAAGAACGAAAAUCAAUAGGGAGCUCUUGCAGUUGCAGACAGGGGUGUCUUUUCUUUCAUCCUUUCCGCAAUUCAAUAUCUCUCUCUCUCUCUUGCUCACUACAUUUUCGACCGAAAUGGCUGAAAGCGCGGUGGUGAACAGGAAGCGCAGCGGCACGGACGACGUCGUUUCGGAGAACGACGGAAAGAGGAAGAAUGUGGUGGCACCCGACAUGGACCCUGCGGCGGCAUUGGCCUUGACGCGGCACGAGUUCGGGGAGCACGGUGGCGUGAACAUGUCGAUCGAGGCCUCGGCUACGUUCACGGUGAUGGAGCCGGAGACCCUCUGCCGCAUGUUCACUGGCGAGCUGGGCCCCGACCGCGACUUCUUCAUCUACAGCCGCCACUUCAACCCGACGGUGCUCAACUUGGGCCGCCACAUGGCCGCCCUGGAAGGCACGGAGGCCGCCUACUGCACCGCCAGCGGCAUGGCCGCCAUCUCCUCGGUCCUCCUCCAGCUCUGCAGCUCCGGCGGGCACGUGGUGGCCUCCACCACUCUCUACGGCGGGACCCACGCCCUCCUCACGCACUUCCUCCCCGGGAAAUGCAACAUUAGCACCACCUUCGUGGACAUCAGUGAUUUGGAAAGCGUGGAGAGUGCGAUCGUGGAAGGGAAGACGAACGUCCUGUACUUCGAGUCCAUGGCGAAUCCGAGCCUGAAGGUCGCAAACAUUCCGGAACUGUGCCGCGUGGGACACGCAAAGGGCGUCACAGUUGUCACCGACAACACCUUCGCUCCCAUGGUCAUCUCCCCCGCUCGUCUCGGCGCUGACGUCGUCGUUCACAGCAUCUCCAAGUUUAUCAGUGGGGGUGCUGAUAUUAUUGCAGGGGCUGUGUGCGGGCCUGCGAGCCUAGUGAAUUCGAUGAUGGACCUUCACGACGGGUCCCUGAUGCUGCUGGGUCCAACAAUGAAUGCGAAGGUGGCGUUUGAACUGUCAGAAAGAAUCCCACACUUGAGCCUUAGGAUGAAGGAGCAUUGCCACCGUGCGUUGGUGUUCGCCACAAGGCUCAAGAAAUUAGGGUUGAAGGUGAUCUACCCAGGCCUUGAAGACCACCCACAGCACGAAUUGCUGAAAUCAAUAGCCAACAGGGAAUAUGGGUAUGGUGGACUUCUUUGCAUUGACAUGGAAACGGUGGAGAGGGCAAACCUGUUGAUGGCUCACUUGCAAAACGAUGCUCAAUUUGGAUUCAUGGCUGUUAGCUUGGGGUAUUAUGAGACCCUCAUGUCCUGCUCUGGUAGCAGCACUAGCAGUGGGAUGACUGAGGAGGAACAGAAGCUUGCCGGAAUCUCCCCAGGCCUAGUAAGGAUGUCAAUUGGAUACAUUGGCACAUUGGAGCAGAAAUGGAGUCAGAUGGAAAUUGCACUCGAUAGAUUUCAGGAAAAGCAGCCACUAGUUUAAUUCUAUUUCUAUUUAUUGCUACUAUUUUGUUGGACUAGCUACCGUUAUCAGCCGCUUCAGUACAAUAGAAUAAACUUCUACUGUUUGGUUUACUUUAUAAAGUUCUAGAUAGUUUUACGGUAUUCGUAUACUAUCAAGUUAUCAAAAUUAUGUUGAAAAUAAACCAGCUAGAAAAGAGUAGUACGAAGAAAAGGACGCCUAAACCUAGAAAUGCCAUCACCUCUUUUGUGAAAUUUGCUACACUGUAUGAGAAUAUGAUUGUGAUUAAGUAUUUUUAGUUUA